GAUUUGGAGGCAAAGAUGAAAUCUUUGAGUAGUGUAGGACUUGGUUUGAGUGUGGUUUUUGGUUGCUUAUUCUUGGCUCUAAUUGCUGAGCUUUACUACUUGCUAUGGUGGAAGAAGAGGCUGACCAACAGAGAUAUUGAAGAUGACUACAGCAGCCCAUCAAAGGAGGUGUUCUACAUGUUCUGCUGGAGAAGGACUUCUAAGUCUUUGAGCCACAUGGCUCAAAGCCCCCAACAGCUUUGUUCUUCAUUCAGAAUCACAGACACUCUUGUCCAUGAACCAAAUACUCAGCUUCAGCUUCAUAUGCACACAGCAAGCAACAAUGAUUUGCUGCUCAAACCCUUUGAAGAAGAUGAGCUGGAUGCAGAGCUUAUGAGGCUGCAGAGCGCUUAUGGGCCACCAAGACACCUCUUCACAAUUGUGGAGGAAACAAAGGAGGACUUGGAAUCUGAAGAUGGGAAGUCUAAGUGUGGUGAUAGGAGUCAAAAGGGGUCAAGAAGUAAGAGUUUGAGUGAUUUGCUUAUCACAGUGGAGACACCAUAUUUGACUCCUUUGGGCUCUCCAACUCUUUUCACACCUCCUCUUACUCCUUUGGACUCUCGUAACCAACAUGGAUUCAGUUUCAGUUCUCCUCUCUUUGAAUCAAAGAGUGAUGCAGAGUUCAACAAGAUAAGGUCAUCACCUCCUCCAAAGUUCAAGUUCUUGCAGGAAGCAGAGGAGAAACUUAGACUGAAAUUGAAGGAACAAGCUGAGAAGGGUCUACAGAAGAUUGAUGGACCUGUUGAAGAAAAAAGAAGUAAAGCUAGUAAAGCUCCAAUGUCAAAGUUCUUCAAAGAUGAAGAUCAAGAUGGAUCAUAUAUCACCAUUAUUGUUGACAAGAACAAAGAAAGGGAGCUCAAUCACCAUCUUCAUCAUCUACAACACCACAAUUCAAGCACUUCACAGGUACUACCACUAGCUUCUUCACCUUCAGCAUUCAGAUCAUCAGUCAACAAGAAGCCCACUUUACAUUAGAGCUCCAUGAACCAUUGUGAUCCCUCUUCUCUUUUUUUUCUUAAUUAAUUACAUUUUUGAUUUUAUCUUUGGUUGUUUAGCGGUGCUUAGAGGGUUUUCAGAAUUAGGUUAAUAUGGUAAUGCCUCAGUGCAUUGUAUCUUGAUUUGAUUUUAAUGGGGGGGCAACAAUUUGUGUAAGAUGAUGGUGAAAGAUGGGUCUGCUGUAAGUGGGGGACCUAUGGAGGACUGGAGUUCUUUGUUUUUAUCCAGUCUCCAUGUCUCCUGAGUUGUCUGAUUCCUGUAAUCUUCUUGUGACUGGAUGCUACUAUUCAUCGUCUCUGUCCAAAUACC